GACAGCUUGGCUUGAUGAAUCCAAUUUCUUGAUAAACAACAAUCCUUCAUAAUCCUUCAUACACACCAAAAGCCCAGAAAAACACGAGCAAGAUGUUCCAAAGUUCGAUUUAUUCAAGAAGAAAACUCUUCACCAACUUUUCAAGGUCUUUGUCAUCUUCGUCAAUCUUAUCAUCAAAUUCUCGGUCUACGUCAAUUGGUUUCACUGGACUUGGUGCAAUGGGAAAAGAAAUGGCAUCCAACCUUCUCACUAAAUCAUUUCCACCAUCAUCAUCGUCGAUUCAAUCAAAAACUUCAUCUUCACCUCAAGCUUCAUUCAUAAUUCAUGAUACAUCAGAAAGUUCCAUGACAGAAUUUUUUGAACGACAUGCUCAUCUUUAUCCUAGUGGUACUAUCAUAACAGCUCCAACUCCUGCUUCAGUAUCUAAACAAGCUUCAACAAUCAUUACAAUGUUACCGGAUUCUGAAAUAGUAAAAGAAGUUUACUUACAUCCUGAAACUGGAAUUCUAUCAGGAAUUCAAUCAAUCUCUACACCGAGUCCUACACUUUGUAUAGAUUCUACUACAUUAGAUCGAUCUGUUGCUAUUGAAGUAUCCUCAACACUUUCAAAUUCUGCCCAGGUCAAUAUGCUAGAUGCUCCUGUUUCCGGUGGUGUCGUAGGAGCCAAACAAGCUACAUUAUCAUUCAUGUGUGGUGGAGAUGAAACUGCAUUCCAAACAGCUUCCAACAUUUUAAGCAAGAUGGGAAAGAAUUCAAUUUAUUGUGGUCAAUCAGGUUCAGGUUUAUCAGCUAAACUUGCCAAUAAUUUAUUAUUAGCCAUCUCAAUGAUUGGGAUUUCAGAAUCAAUGUUAUUUGGAUUAAAAUUAGGUUUAUCGCCUCAAACUUUAACUUCAAUCAUUAAUUCAUCUUCAGGUCAAUGUUGGAGUUCUAAAGUCAAUAAUCCAGUCCCAGGUUCAUUAUCUACACCUACACCUGCUGAUUCAGGUUAUAGAGCUGGAUUUAAAUCUAAAUUAAUGUUGAAAGACUUGAAUAUUACAAAAUCAGUUGCAGAUGAAAUUAAUUUAAAUUUACCUUUGUUGACACUUUCUAAUCGAAUUUAUAAUAAAGUUUGUAAUGAUGAAGAAUUAACAGAUUUAGACUUCAGUGUGGUUUAUCAAUGGCUUAAAGUUGCAAACGAACAUUUAAAUUCAAAUCAAAAUCAUCCGGCUGAAGAAAAGAAUUAAAUUUUUAGUCAUGUUUCAAUUCUCUCUUAAUAUAUUCAAUUUUCAUCAACUUGAUCGAUUGUAAUUGUUCGUCGUUAGCACUUUCUUUUUUUGACUUAUCUCUCAUCUUUUUUCAAUCUGGUAAAGAUAAUCAAAAUCAAUACAAAACUUUCUUAAAAAUCCAAUUUCUUCAUCCAAACAAAAAUCUGUAAAUGUAAUUAUAUCUCCUAAAAUAACAACUAUGAAAUGAUGAAAAAAAACAGUCUUCUUUC